GAGCUUCGGGCUUCCACCAAUCAAAAGGUCGCUCUGGUUGUGAGUCUGUGAAAAAGGAAGAUGGCUGCUUCGGAAGAUGAAGGCGGCCAAAGUGACAAUAAAAAUGACGAUUCUGCCUUACAGGAGACGAGCAAGCAGUUUUCCACUAUUCACCAAGAGAUUGAAAGUCAGCUGGAAAGACCUGGUGUAAGCUAUGAGGCACGUGUUAGUGCUGUUCUCUCUGGCUGGGAACGCCUGGCAGGCUUUGUUCAUGGAGACGUCAGCCAGAUGCAACCCCUUGCUACCUACUUGUACCGAUGGAGCUUAAGACUGGUUCUUCAGGGUCAGUGGCCUGGACUUGCACAGAUAGUAAAAACCAGAUUAGGUGUAACAUUACAACGCUGUUCGAAGGUUUCAGUUUUAGAGCCACUCUGUCGAACUUUGUUGCCACUGGUUUCUGAUCCAUGGGGCCAUCAGACAAAGACAAUACUCUCAGAGGCAGAAAUCACAGAUGAAGAAGCCAUAAAUUAUGUUACAAGUGAAACAUGGGAGGUGGUGCGUGUGAGAGUUGACACAAUGGUAGAAUCACGCUGUGAAAAAUUAGCCUUGCUUGUGCUGAGAGUGUGUGUCAGAUGUAUACAUUUACAGUCAGAAGGAAUGGUAGUUCCACUCUACACAGAAGAAGAUCAUAAUCAUUUCGUUGAUCUCUACUUUGUUUUACUGUACAAGUUUGAACGCAAUGAAUUUGUAGAAGAGGUAAAAAAGCUGGACAUCAAUGAUGGAGUUGAACUUGUCAGGCGUCUUGUUGGAAAGCAAGAUAAGCUCAAAGUAUGGAAACAUCGCUUAAAAAUAGCAGAUUUAGCAAUCCAGAUAUUUUUGGCUACGUCAAUUGUCAAGAAGUAUAGCCAUGAUUUCGACCUCGUGUUUCAUGAAUGGUGUAAUGUGCAGGAAGCGUUAUCUGUUGAAGAUACAGCCAUCACAGCAACCAUUCGUAAAUAUAUCCAGCUGUCUGAGUCAUCGAAGCACCUGUAUGCAAUGGCAAGAGUAUUACAUGAAAAGUCUGGUAGCUACUUGGCCUCUCUAGUCACAGAGCUGCUGAUCCGGGCGCUUACCACAGAUAUGAAUAGCUUGGAGGCUCUCAAACUUAAGGCUGAAAAGGCCAGUUUAAAGGAAGACCAGUUAUAUUUAGAACAUCAGAUGGCCACAGGUUUCAUGGACCUAGGGGCAGUGUUUACACAACAUAAGAAUGUGGCAAGGGAAUGUAUUCUCACAGCUUUCAGUCUUCAUCCAACUUCAGAUCGCCUAAUUCUUCUCAGCAAUUAUGUGAGUGAGCCAUCACCUCCUCAUUCACAUGCAGGGGACUCCAGAGUUUGCAAAAAUCCUUCAUUGGAAGAGUUACAAGGAGAGCACAUGAUGGGCUCACCUGUCACGUCACUCUCCCCCUUGCCAUCCUCUGACAUGUAUGCUCAUUCUGAAGCUGUAAAUGGAGUGAGCACGAGUAGCCCCCCUUCUACCAUGUCAUACCCAUUCACUUCAGCUCCUUGUAAUGAUUCCAGUGAUCAAGAAAACAGCAGGACUCCAGCAUCAGUAGAACAAGUGAAAAGUUACAGAGACAUGUGUCAAGAAGGAAGGAGUGAUGAUGAUGCUGCUGUUCAUGAUAGUGAUAUGGUCAGUGGACAGGAAGUUGAAGAAAAUUAUGAUAUGGAAUCUCAUUGUGCUGAAGGUUUACAAGUAAAUAAUGAUUCUGAUAAGUAUAAUAUAAACCGUUAUUCCCCGUGUACCAGCCAACUUAAAGAUCCUCCUCCAAAGGAUCAGUGCACUGUAGAUAUAACCAUUGAUACGGGACAGGAUGAUUUGUGUGUUAUACGUAGGCAAGAUUGUAAGGACUCUCAGAUACCCAGAUUGAGUAGUGAUGCUCAGGUGACAGAAAGUGUUGCGUUAAGUUAUACCAAAGAAAGUGAAGCUGAUAAAUCAGAAAUUUCAGCCACAGGCAGUGUUAGUGAAGAUAAUGUUCAGACAGAUACUAAAAGUAAAGAAGAUAUUGACUCUAUGGACACAUUUUACAAAAGUACUGAGAACUUUAUUAAACAGUUGCGAGAAGAACCUCCAAAGAAGUCCCCAACUCAGACUUCGGGGGAGACAUACAAAAAUUACGAUAUCCUAACACAGCCUAAUCAAGUCCUUGAUAGUCAGGAGUUGGGCUUAUCAAAAGAACUGUGUGAUGACUUGGCAGUAGUGCUUAGUAGUCCCCGAUGGCAGGUUCUGUCUUGGAUGUUGGAGCGUCAUGAGUUGCUAGGCAUUUGCGAGAGAUAUUUGCAUGAUGCUGAUAGUGCUAAGAACCUCACCAAAGAGUUAAAGUAUCUUAACAUUGAUUACAAUUUAUUCAAGCACAUGCCAUCAGCAGAAGUAACAGAAUUUACUGGGAUUGAAAAAGGUUAUGAACAUUUCAUUGAAUAUGAAUCGGAGAGUGAAUAUUCAGCGGGAGAAUAUCAGGUUUCAGAUAUAAAAGGGAACAUGGACUCAGAUAUGUCAGAAAUCGGAAGGAAAAAGAAAAGAAAAGACGAUAUCAAAAAGACGAAACAGAGGAGCAAGAUGUAUGAUUCUGAUUCAGAUUCUCACGGACAGUUACAAGACUCUUCUCGGUACACAGCGUCAUAUUCUGACUCAGAAGAGUCAGAUGCUGAUCCUAAGAAUAAGACAUUAUUGUUAACAAUGGAUCAUGAUGGAAGUAGUCGAGUAGAAGGCAAAAGAGUGACUGCUGUUAGUAGCCAAGACAGGAGUAAACGAAUUCGAAUUGAUGCAGGAACUGGCAAAAUUAGACGUGAUAGGAUUGACAUGGAACGAGGAAAGGUUAGACACGAGAGAAAUUUGAUGAACACUUUACGCCUGUUCAGACACAAAAAAUAUAAAGAACCAAAAGUUGAAAAUAAGUUUGGUGUCAUUUCUAAAUCUCCUUCUUGUUAUGCUCCUCGUCUAAGUUCUCUCAAUGUACACCCUAAAGUCGUAUUGACAGAGCGAGACACAUCUACUACAAAUGAUCAUAUUCAGAGUGGAGUUACAACUGUCAUGGCAGGGUCAAAGAGACCAGCCCCAACUUGUAGUAUUCCGUCUAGUCAGUCACGAGGAUCUUGGAUAUAUGCCGGAUCAUUAGUGGCACCCCCUAACUCAGCUAAUAGUACACGGGCUGUAACUCCAAUCUCUAUUCCUCGUUCUUCUGCUGCCUCUGUGCAGUGUUAUUUACGUAGCAAGGAUGGCAAGGUACGUAUGGCUCCUCUCAGUCGAGCCCUGCUUAACACUGCUAGACCAACAAAUCCAGUUGGAGGAAAUACAGAAAAGAAAGCAUUGAACACACCUACUUCUACUUCGGGCUACAUGGAUUCAUACACCAAGUUCUUACUGCAAAGUAAAAAGUCAAGUGUAACGUUGGUCAGAAAAAAUAUGACUCUUGAUGCUAGUCUAGACUAUCUUGAAAAACAAGGUACAACUGUUACUUUUAAGUCACAUAAGGGAUCAAAUACCCUUGCUUUAGCUAAUGCUCAGAAAAAUGUUUUGAAUAGAAUAAUGUCCCCAGAAAAUGCUUUAUCAGCAAUGCGUGACCGUUUCAAUGAGAGGUUACCAGUACGUGCUAUUGCUAUGCCAGUUAGCAACAAUGUUCCCAAUAUGCCAACUGAUAAAAGUAGCCCUGCUAAUUUGAGUCGUGUCCUUCCUAAAGGUACUACUGUGGUCAGGAAACCUAAAGCUGAUGGUGCAGGUCCGAGUGGGCUUAAUAAUGGUGGUGGUCCAAGUGGUGGAGCAGUCAGUCCAAGGGCAGUUAUAACUCGGCCUGGAGGAUUUUCUGCAGUGGUUGCACGACCCUCAGUCUCUGUUAGCAGCGCGUCUUUGCGCACCGGGAACUCUGUAAUGUCAGUGAGAAAUAGCGGUGCAACUGUCCGUACUCCAGUGUCUCGUGGGGUGGUUGCAUCAGGGAGUUCAGGGACUUCAGAGGCUACUGCAAGUAACAGUACAUCAUCAUUACCAGCAAAUUCUUCAAUUGUUACAUCAGUUGCGGCAAUUGGAUCUGUAACUACUGCAAUGCCGGCCCCUUUAGUCUCAGCCACGGUGGUAGGGAGUGUUCCCAAUACCAACAGUCUUAGUUCCCCCAUGGGAACACUAGGUGGUAGUAAUGGCCAGCAGCCAUGGGAAAAUGCUCUUGAUGAAAGUGUUAGUGACAGCUCACCUACUGAAUGUUCUGUUGCUCUAACACAAAACAUGAGCAGUACCCGUGGGGCAACCACCUGCACCACCACCGUGGCCAGUCCUCCGGGGGACGUUCGGGCAGCAAGUAUGUUAGAGACUCUAUUGAGGGACCGUCCUAUUCCAGCCAGCCCUCUCCAAUCUCCAUCUACAACUGCAACAACUACUAUAACUGCUGCAUUACCUCAGACUCUAACUUCAAUAGUGGGUGGUACCAGUAUUCCUAUCACUGUGUCAGGUGAAGGUCAGGUAACAAGUGCAGUUAUGGGAGCUUUAGCUAAUACAGCCAACAGUGGCAAUAGUGUUGUAAUUGCCGGAGGCUCUAGUAAUAACAGUGGUGUUAUUGUAGCAAGUGGUGUGGUAGGUGGCACAGCAGGCAGUGGGGUAGUGGUAGCUAGUGGAGGAGUUGUAGGCAACACUGGUGUAGUAACUGCAGGCAGUAGCGCUCUGGGUGGUGGUGAUGGAAGUGCAGCUGUUCAGCAGGUUCUUGUUCCUGGACAGCUUGUUCAGGUACAUACUAGUGAUGGCUCAACAGGCCUUGGAAUUGUGCACUCAUCCUCACUUGAUUUAAGGCUUCCUGCUGGUACGAGAGUCAUCAAAUCGAGCAGUGGACCAGUUAGAACUACAGCUAGUCAGCAACACCAAGUAAUGGGAGUUAUAAAUCAAGCUGCUGGUAGGCAAGUUAAUGUUUUACAUAAUGUGAAGAUACUUCAAAAUGUUCAGAAUAGACAGAUUGUGCGUACAGUUGUGGUUCCACAUUCUGUGGCUGUUCAAGGUCUUGGAUCCCAUCAGGCUUCUCACCUAAAGCCUCAGCUGGUAGCUCUUAGCAGUCAAGGGACAAGCACUGCUACCUCUCCUACUGGGGGAGCUGCAGAAGCAACUAUUGUUCAAGCUCAAGGACCUGGUGGUACUGUAAGAGCAAAAAUCCCAUCGUCUACAAUUGUGCAGAAAGUUCUAGGCAGGGGUGGUCUUGUCAUCCGAACUUUACGUCCUCAGGCACCUGCAAAUCAGGUGGCAGGGGAGGCAUCAGCAUUUGAGGAAGGACUAGGAGCAAAGUUACAGCAGCAACAGCAACAAACUGUUGACGAAGAUAAAAGUACAGGAACUGGUACUACAACUGUGGUUGCCAGAUUACCGCAAGAUGAAGGUUUAGGAGAGCGUCUGAGUCACUAUCUUAAAACUGCACUUGUGAGCUCUACAAGUACUCAGAGUGUAGGAACUCAAACUCUUACAACUGCUGUAAAACCUUCUGCUGGCCAGUGUGUUAAUCAAGUUGCCAUGAAUCAUUUACGAGGUGGUAGCAGUGCUAUUGUGUCAUUGGGUGGAGGAGUUCAAGUUGGUGGACAGUCCAGCAGCACAGCUUCAACUAGUCCUUCCUCUUCUUCCCAGCAGGGUGGUUUAACAUCUCUCCCUCUAACUCCUACUAAUGCUGUUAGCUCUGAAACUUUAGAGCAACUGAGAGAAUUUGAGUCUGUUUUUGAGAAAGUUUCAAACAAGUCUGGUAAAGACACAGCUGAGGGGGAGGCUAGUGCUGAAAGCUAUUCAGGUGCAACUAUAUCGUCAGAAGAGUCUAUGAUAGCAGCUCAGCUUUUAAGUAUGGCCAAUGAUACUCCUGCAGUCACUACUUCUUCCAAUUAUGUGUAUUCAGUUCCAGCAAGUAUGUAUGAAGCUGGUAGUACUAGGCUAACUGAAGGAACCUAUAUUACCAUUCCUAGCACUACUCAGGCAGGGAGCACAUUGAUUCUUGUAAACCAUAGUGGUGGUGGCACAGGUUUAGUCACAGUUGCUGGAGGUGUCCAAGGGCAACAUCCUCCUUCUGCACCAUCUCCAACUUUGUCAUCAACAUCUUCCCAUUCGUCAAUAGCUUCUUCACCAUCUUCCACCUCAAGUAAAAAUAAAAAGCAACCACCAAAGCCAAAAGUUGUUCCUCCCACAACUCCUCCAGCAGUGACCAAGCCAAAGACUCCUCCACCACCUAAAACACCAGCACCAAAACCUUCAGUAGCCAAGCCACAAGUUGAAGAAAGUGAUGAGACAAAGGCACGGAUACAGGCAAUUCUAGAAAAGUAUAAGCAAGAUCUGGCCAAGACACCCCAGCCUCAGCCAGCACCUCGAAAUAGGAAAAAUUGCCCUCCACCGAAAAGUGAUGGUAAAUCUUCAAAUAAAAAGAAAAGUGGAGUAAAGAAAGUUGAAGGAAGUGCUGGAAAUAGCCCAGCUGUAUCAGAAGGAUCUAUUGCAGGCUGCCCAUCUCCCAUUCCUUCACCAGGUCCUGCAAGUGAUAGUUCUGUGGGGUUAAGUGGGAACUCAACAGGUGUGGGAAGUAUUCAGUACACUGGUCAAGGUUUAACAUCUCAAGGAACUGGAACUACUACAGGAACAAUUAUUGCAGAAGAAAAGAUAAAGACUGAAAAUAAUAUUAAAGUUGAAACAGGUCAAGAAGUGGUGGCAACAGCAGGGCCUCAAUUAUUACAGGGUGUAAUGGUUUCAAAUGUAAAAGUUGAAGGAGGCAGUGUAACUGGUACUACUGCUAACCUCCCUCAAAGUUUAGCAGGAGGCAGAGUGGUGCAACUUAUACGACAUGGAGGAAAGGUCACAGCUAUCACAACUCGUCAACCUUUAAACAAAAUCAAAACAAGUGGCCAGACUGGCCCACCGCCAAAUGUUACCAUUCAAGGUCGCAUAAACAUGAAUGAUCUUAUGGAAAGUCACAUUGCUUCUCUUUUGACUGGGGGUACCCAAGCUAUUACACAAAGUCCAACUGUGGUGAGCAAAAUCAUACAGCAACAGGCAGCUGGCCAUCCAACAGUUCAGCAAGUUGUGGUACAACCUUCGUCAGCAGGUCCACAAGUUUUACAACAAGUUUCAGUCCAGCAGAUUCCAUCCACCCCAACAAAAGCUCAUCAACAGCAACAGAAAUGUGGUGUUAUCCAGCAGCUGACAAGUGGUGAGGAACUGUUGGGUCUGACGACACCACCUCGUUCCUUGCACGUAAAUCUUCCUGCAUUGUCUACAACGGUAUUAAAUGCUACGACCAGUGUAGCAAGUGCAGUUACAGUUACAAAUACUCAGACAAUUGUCAAUUCUCCUGUAAUAAUGAACACGUCUGGAAGUACUUCAGGCCCCUCACCACUUUCAGUACCACCUUCCUCACCUUUGACUCCUCAGACCCAUCCAGUCACAUCUCCUAACCAGCCAGUAUCUGCUUCGCCUCAUACUUUAUCACCAGCCAAUGAGCAGCCUCCAACACCCUCAUCGUUUCAAAUGGGAGAAGAAAGUAAUAGUAGUGAACAAAGUGUCGGAGAUGGUGCUGGACCAUUGCCACCCUUUUUUACCUUAAAGUCAUUUAUUAUGCAGCAACCACAGCAGAAACAAAGAUCUCAGAAUCAGCAAUCCCAACAAGAACAACAAAGUGGUCAUGACAAAAGUUUUUCUCCUGCCACUGCCAGCGAACAAAGCUUUACAUCAACUGUGACACAGGCUGUGUCAUCUGUUAUCAACUCACCUGUAAAUAAGCCACAGCGUGGUAACCAAACACAUGUUCAUCUUCAUCACAAUCAGCAUCCAAGAAAGCCUGCGUCUGUCAUUCGCACAGGUGGAGCCUCUGGUCGAAUUCUGGUUGGUGGCACUAGUGAAGGAAGUGGAAAAAAUGCAAGCCAUAAUGUGACAUCUCCUUUGCUUAGUAGUGGAACAGGAGAUACAAAUGUCCCAUUAUCUCCAAUGUCAGGCCCAUCUAGUCUGGAAAGCUCACCUGCUACAACGCAGUCACGCAUCCGUUUGGCAUCUCGACCGCAAGACAUGAGGAGCAGUUCAAUUGAUUCCUUAAAAAGUGAUCUGAGUGUAGAAGAGGUACAGAUCCCUCCUAGUCCAGCUACCUUAACCAAACAAUUACAAAAUGCAUAUAUGACAGAAGCAGCGUUAUCGCCGUCAGUGUCUCAAUCACAACAUUCUGGAUCAUCUUAUUCUUCCCCAGGAACUACACAUGACCUCCCAUUUACGGAAGCUCCUCCAACUUCAGAAGACUCUUUUCCUGCUACAUUGUCUCAGCCUGGCUGCUCAUCUGCGCCAUCAGCACCUGGGUUGUCAGUGACAGGGGUGACAUUGGAGAGUGAUACUGGACUUGCUGCACUUACAUCUCCCUCAGGUGAUAUCUACUUACAUCAGUCUGGUUCUAGUUUAGGAUUAGAAGGAUUGGAAGCUGCAACAUUGCCCCUUGUGGCUGGUAUGGAAGUGAGAACCCAUUCUCCUGCUCUGAGUGAUUUAGUAUCAUCUGGUCCUCUCUUAACUUGGUCACCAAGAUCUGCAGAUUCCAUGAUGGCUCAGUCGCCUUCUUUGAAUGAUGCUCUUACAGCUAAUAUACCUCUUGAUGGGAAUCAUAGUGAGGACUCGCUAUGCGACUCUUCUACUGGAUUCCCUGGUCUGUUCUCCAUUGAAGGUGAUGGUGUUAGUGUGUCAUCCAGUACUAGUGAAGAUAUGCCUAGUGCUCCAUUAGGUUCUGCAGCUAGUAAUCUGCAGCAGCAAGAUCGACAGGACUCUGUGGAGGUAACCAUUGACCUGACACCACAAGAAAGUGAACAAGAUCAUACAAUCACCUCAACACGCUCACCAACACAAUUAGAAUUGCCUGUUACCAAUUUGAGAGCUACUAUGUCUGGUCAAGGAACGGAGAAUGCUGUUGGGGUUCUAGGAAGUCCUACUUCCCAGGACACUCCCUGGAGGUUUGAAAAUACACUUGACAAUCAGAAUACCAACCACUCCCCAGAUAUCCCCUGUGUGCAAGAUGAAAAAUUGGUAGUUAAACAAGAUGAUCGUGCAGGCCCAUCAGACUCGUUACAUGAUAAAUUUAAGUCAUCAUCAUCAUCAAGAUCUGAUAAAAAAGAAAAAUUAAAGGGGAAGUUUGGAGAUGGUAAAGUAACCACUGAAAUGAUCCAAAAUCAAACUGUAGCAAUUAAGGGAAAGAGAACAGACUUAUCAAAGAAAUCUGAUAAAAAUGUUGAGGUUAGAAGGAAUUCUACUAUUUUUGAAGGAAAUAAAAAACGGAGUCAUAGGUUAGCCUCAUUAUUAGAGGGAAGGAAAGGUACACUGCAAAAUGAAUCUGGUAUAAUAGAGGAUGAGGUUUCUGCAAAAAAUGGCCAUGAAGAAACGGGUGUUACCAAAGUCAAGACAGAAGACAGCAGUGUUGUUGUAACCAAAAACAAGCGUAGAAGUUCUCAACGCACAACAGUAGUUUAUCCUGGUAGUGUGCAAAAUACACAGUGUCGGAAUCGCUCAAAGCUUGUAAAAUCUGAAGAUGUGAAAAAAGAGGAUUCUGAUGUGAUUGAAACUUUUGUGAAAGAAGAAAAAACUAUCAAAACUGAAGGAGACUGUAAGGAAGGUUGUGAAGAUGCUGUUCUGAGACUUCAAGAAGGCUGUGAAGAAACACUAGGGAGGACUACGAGGGGCAGUAAGAGACGGAAUGAAGGCGAUACAGUAGCAGACUUGAAACGUGGAAGGGGAACAAGGUCUGGCCGCCGUGGUGAUGGGGAUGUAAAAACAGAAGAUGAACUAGUGAAUCAUCUUGAGGAUGACUGCACAUUAUCAAGGACUUUAAGAGGGCGUCAUGUUAGUGGUGCCUCGGACACCAGUAGCAAUUACAGCAUGGAGCGAGCACUUACACCAGGACCACAUGAAUUUCCUUCUGGCAUUAGUAGCAGCAGCAACAGUAACAGGCGGCGACGGCGGUUAAGUCGGGAGAGUAGUGCUAGUAGUCGUGAUGGGAGCCCAACCUUGUUACACACCCACGACUUCUCUCCAGGUGGUGUCAAUACGAGGCGUUCAUCAUCUCGUGAUCAUGCUAAAAAGAAAAAAUGUUCUUGUUGCGUUGGAGGUGACCAAAAGAAGAAGAGUGGACCUGGUGGUAGUAAUAGUAGUAACAGAAGAUCAUCAUCAAGAGCAACCAGAGCCUCUCACAGUGGUACACUGCAGUAGGAAAUGAGAGAUGCAAGACAUUAGGUUGUGGCACAUGUUAGAGUGGGUUAUCAUCGCUUAUUUGUUAAAAACAAGUACCAAGUCAUGGUGGAAGCUCCUUAAGUAGUAUGUGUAUACAGUAUAGACCAUUCUGAAAAUUAUUUGCUGUGAUUAUAGUGUUGGGUAUGUAGGAAACAUCAGCAUUGCACUAAAUUGUCAAGACAGUACUGUACAGGUAAAUUGCAUCCACAGUGAAGCAAUAGCACAGCAGUAGAUGGCACCAGCAGCUAUAUCCUAGGCCAUGGUGUAGAAUGAGCUUGCCACAAAAGGAGCUGUGAGGAACCUUCUUGAUUGGCACUGUGUCUUAGUGACGUUCAUUGCCACUCAGUACAGGCUCUUGUGGCCCUCCAUAUGGUCGUCACCUCUUUCCACAGUGUAAACAUUAAGUGUUAUAGUUUUAAUGUUCCUUUUAAUAUUUCAAAAUAUUUUUAUACUGGAAAACUUGCUCUUGUAAUUGAGCUCUCACAGCACAAUUUUUUUUAUGGGAUGUUAGUGCCAUACAUUUCCAUUUAAAUUGAUUGGACUGCAUACCACUUGGAAGAUGUUCUCUCAUGUCAUUCAUAAAUAACUGAUGGUUAGUAGAGGAAAUUUAUGAAUGUAAUUGAUAAAUGGAGCAGGGGGUUGUCAAUUACAUGUCCUUCGUUGGUUUAACUUUACUAGUUCAUCAUGAGGGUUUAUGGUUUGAUUUAGAGAAGUGGUCAGUGGUUCUGAACUGUUUCUUGCCAGGUCAGACCAUCAAGGUCACAACAAUGAUCAUUUGUACCUGAUUGCUUUUUAUUGAACUGGUGUCAACCCAAAACUAGAAAAGUGGAGUGCGGUGCAUCCUUUCUUCCUUCCCCAACUCCCUCCCCAAACUCGUAGAGUAGUUAGUUAUCUCCCUUCCCAUUCCCUUUCUUUCUCUCUCUCUCUCUCUCUCUCUCUCUAGUAUACAGAGCUGAGUGACUUGUGAGUUUUAGCACUCCAUCAUGUGGGUAACACCUGUUAAUACGCUUUUGGUGGACAUCGUCUAUUUCUUAAAACUUGUCCUGCGCAAACAUGUAAAUAUUGUAUUUUGACGUUAGUAUAUUUGAGGUUCCCAGUUUCUUUCUUCAUUUUGGAGUCUUGUUAGAUAUUGUAAAAAUGUUUGUAAAGCUAGAAAAAGGUGUUUUAAAAAACUUCUACAUUAAAUAGGCUAGUGUGAAACAUUAAAUCAGCUGGAUCAAAAUAUAAAAGAUUUACCAUAAACUCCCAGUUAUUAUUUUCUAUUCAGAUGAAUACAGCGUGUAAGCAAUGAAUGACAGGAUGAAUUCGUGAGGUUAAUUUUUUUAUUUUUAUUUUUCCCUUACCAGUUUUGUAUUGCAAUCCUCUGAAGAAACAUUUGACUGCCCGUACGUACUCGCAGGCAUGGGUGCCGUGUGGUUGGCAAAUAAGUUAAGAUAAAGUCAAAUGAGUGUGUAGAUUGCUCUGUUGCAGUGACAUUCCAUCCCAUCAUGACUCGGUCAAUUUCUGAAUCAUGCAAGAAGUCCACUAAAUAUUGCUCAUGAAAUGUCACACGAGUUGGUUUCAGUGGGUGCUGCUGUAUUGGGUAACAAGUCUCAAAUAAUGUCCUGUAAAAAAAAAAAAAAAAUUAAAUUCGAGUUGUCACAGCUAAAAAGCACACACAAUAGUACUAUAAAGUACAGGCUGGAAACAUUAAGUUGCUUAAUAUAAUAUUUAAAGCCUAGAUUCAGACUCGACAGCUUUCAGUUGUGGUGGCCACACAGUCAUGGUUAUAAGGACUUCAUUUAGCACACAAGCUCAUUAAGCUUAUGUACUUUAUUUUAAAAAUAAAUAUGCACAAAUUUGUAACUCAACAUUCAGCCAUGCAUAAACAUAAGUCAAAUUGUGUGAACUCUUAAUUUUACAUGAAAACAGUAAUGAUGGUAAAUGAUACUCAGUCAUUCCUCCUUGUGAGAGCUUGACUAUGUAAUAAGUCUAUUAGAAUGUGGAUCAAUAGUGCUAUAUAUUCCUUAUGUGGGAGUAAUGUGUGGAUGGUUUUUCUGAUGAAUAUUGUAUAAGACUGCUCCAUUUAUAGGUUUGAGAAGCAGCCUGUUUCCAUUGGGGCCUAAUAAGAAGCAACUUAGUUAAAUAUAUACAGUAACAUGAAACAAAUAAUUGUUAGUUUUUAUAUUUCAAAAUUUGCAAACAUGCACCAGUACAUACAUGGCCCCUUCAUAAGCUGUAGUGAAAAAUACUGAUAAAUAUUAGAACCUUAUUUGGAAUACUUCAUAAUUUAUUUUAUCUACAAGAUAUCCAUUUUCAUAGUGUACAAUCAUUCAUUUCUAACUUGUAUAUUUAUUAGAGCUAUGGUCCUUCAGCUCCAUGUCCAUUCUUUAUAGAUAUUUAUUUAUACUUGUACAUAUGACUUAAUUUGCUACAAAAGUGUGGCAACCUUUAAAGAAUUGACUUUCUAAAAGUGUGCCAGCCAUUUUCCCAUACUGCUGAUGCAAAUAGUUAGGUAGUGAUUGGUCCUAAUUGUCUUUUGACUCUUCUUAUCCAAAUCCUUUAAUGACUAAUACAGUAAUGCUUCCCAUGAACAUGUGAAGAUUGUGUUUAUAUCAUUUUUAUUAUAAUGUAUAUAGCUUGCUGAAACUCCUCUUGUACACUAUCUUAUUCCUUCCCACUCCUAUCGUGGAGGACACCAACCCAAACAUCCUCCAUAUUCCUAGUUAAAUGUAAGUUUUUUCUUGAUGAAAAUGUUAAUACCACUCUGUUUGUAAAUGGUAUUGUGUACAAAAUGUUCAUUCUUUUUGUAUUUGUGUAAUGUAUGUACAAAAUGCAUAAAUCCUUUCAUUUUUGCAGUAA